AUGUUGGGCAAAAUAGCUCUGGAAGAGGCAUUUGCUCUACCUCGUCUACACGAAAAGACGAGGUGGUGGGCCUCCCUGUUCGCGGUAAACCCUGACAAACACGCGGCCGAGAUGCAGGACAUUACCGACACGCGAAUCAAGUACAUGGAUCGCUAUGGUGUUGGCUACACCAUUCUGUCCUACACUGCGCCCGGCGUGCAAGACAUUUGGGACUCCCAAGAGGCGCAGGAGCUGGCUGUCGAAAUCAAUGACUAUGUUGCGGGAGUUAUCAAGGACUACCCGCACCGCCUGGGAGCUUUCGCCACCCUCUCUAUGCACGAUCCCAACGAAGCUGCGGCCGAGCUCAGGAGAUGUGUAACUCAGUACGGCUUCAAAGGCGCACUUGUCAAUGACACCCAGCGCGCCGGUCCCGACGGCGACGAUGCUAUAUUCUACGACGGUCCGGAGUGGGAUGUCUUCUGGUCCGCUCGCAAGUGGCUGAUCGGGCCACCCCUGAGCUUUGCCCAUGGCGUCAGCCUCCACGUUCUCGGCAUGGUUACCAACGGCGUCUUCGACCGCCACCCCAAUCUUCAAGUCAUACUUGGCCAUCUAGGAGAGCACAUCCCGUUUGACAUGUGGCGCAUCAACCACUGGUUUGAAGAUGUGAAGAAGCCGCUCGGCCUGAGCUGUGAGAAGACGAUCCGCGAGUACUUUCAGCGGAACCUUUGGAUUACAACCAGCGGUCACUUUUCUACAACCACGCUGCAGUUUUGCAUGGCUGAGGUUGGCGCCGACAGAAUACUGUUCUCAAUUGACUACCCCUUUGAGUCGUUCGACGAUGCCUGCAGCUGGUACGAUGACAUGUCUCUAAACGUCGGAGACAAGAAGAAAAUAGGACGUGACAACGCAAAGGCUCUAUUCAAGAUUAGUAGCAUUUCAGAUGGUCAAGAAUAA